AUGGAUUCUAAAUUUCCACAAACAACAACUGCACAAACAACACUGAGCAAUCACAUUACUGAUCUUGUUAUAAGUAGUUUUGCUAAUAAACUUUUUAUAUCGGUAACUCAAUUUGGUAAAAUCGGAAGUUUAGUUCUCGUUCGUCGUGACGUUAAUCUAGAAGAAGAUUCAACACCAGUCUAUUCAGUAAAAUCUCUUCUUGGUAAAGAUCAAGCUGAAUAUCAUAUACUUGCUCGUCAUCUUUACGAACGCUUACAAUUAAAAAAACAACUUCUCUUUGGUUUUGCAUUACAUUCAUUCGCUAAGAAAGAUCUUGCAGAAAUCGAAGAAUUUAUCUGUUCUAAUAUUAAAAAAGUAAAUCAACAAUGA